CGGGGUUUUACUGCAGCAGCCAGAGGUGACAGCGACGCCUUAGCCUCCUCCUCAGUUGCUUUCAGAACCCGGGUUUCCCCUGCAUCAGGAAAGCGCCCCCUCCUGAGAGGCUGGUCCCCGUCCCCGAAGAAGUGAGAACAAGCUACAGAUAACUACAUUUUAAAAUGUAGAAGUCGCUUUGCUGCAUUCCUCCGAGGACGAGCGUGAUCUCUCAGGACAGUGGCAGCAUAAGGGAAGUUGGGACCGUAGAGCAGGGGGAGGGGAGCGCUGCAGCCGGCACACUCUUCUGGAAGGAGUUGCUGGGAGCCUUGCGGUUGGACACAAGUUUGCGUAAGAGUAUUUUCCUUUUGUCAAUAAUUAAUCACCGGAAUCAGUCUGGCAGAAUUGGAGUUUUAGCAAUAGUGUAGAGGGCGGGGCCAAACACCUAACUCUGGGAGUCUCCGGGUGCCUCUCACAGUGAGAAGCUCGCAGCAGCUGAGGAGAAGCCAGAGCAUCCGUGCUCAGCUAAAGCCACAGGGAAGAAACUGCAACCUGGAGAGAAUAAGCAGAGCAUCAAAUUCCACAGAUCUACUGGAGGGGAAAAAGGAGGAAAAAAAAGCAACCAGAGAGUCUUUAUUUCACCAGAUGGUCCCAGAAUUUCCACUCAGAUUGAGCAGGAGUAACCCAGAAAGGAGAAUUAACCCACACAAGAUCAUUCUGAGAGAAAGCGAAACAGAAGACCAGACCUGGACAUUCCCAAAGAGAAACACCAUGUAAGGAUACAGCCUUCAAGUUGCCAUCUUAGAAGCAGAGAAAGUCUUCACCAGACCUCAAACCUGCUGGCACUCUGAUCUUGGACUUCUCAGCCCCAGAACUGGUGGACUUUCUACAGCUUGAAAGAGCAUCAUGAGCAUGGAUUUCAGGCGUGUGAAAGAAUAUUUCUCUUGGCUCUACUAUCAAUACCAAAUCAUUACAUGCUGUGCUGUCUUGGAGCCCUGGGAGCAAUCUAUGUUCAAUACUGUUGUACUAACCAUUUUUGCCAUGGUUGUGUACACUGCCUAUGUCUUCAUCCCGAUCCACAUUCGCCUGGCUUGGGAAUUUUUCUCAAAAAUAUGUGGAUAUCACAGUACAAUUUCCAACUGAUCUCAUUUGCACUCUGUGAAAUGGCACUGCAUAUGUAUGUUGCUUACAACUUAUUGAUUUAUGUGACUACAAUGCCAUCUUUCACUUUCUGGCCAAAAAGACACUCUUCUCUAUGCACAUACGUACUGCCUGGAGUUUCAGAUAGAUGUCUCUCUAGUUUCUUUUGUACCUGAUACAUUGUGCUUCAGACUAUAGAACGUACAAUGCCUUUACCUCACAUACCAUGGUCCCUUAAUGCAAAUUUAUCACUUUAUUUUUUUAAUUAGGUUGACUUUAGACAAAUUUUUUUCUGGAAAAUAAAUUCAUAAGAGACCCUACUAGAAUUAUAUUAAAAUACUCCCCUUAACAUCUAUUCUAUACUGAAGAAGAUACUACCAAAAAACUCUUCAUAGGCUACUGCCAAAAGUAUCCUAUCCUUGUUUACAAUGUAUAAAAAGAUGUGAAUAAAUUACGUGACCCAGUAAAGUUUUGUUUUCUAGUAAACUAACACCUAAAAUCCUUUUAUUUCUUUUAAUUAAAUUUACUUAAAAUUAUUUUACCUUAAUGCAAAAGAGCAGGCUGGGGGAAAUUAUUUUCUUUCAGACAUGGUUCAUAAGUUGUUUCAAAUAUUUAAAAAUCAACAAUGUUAAUU